UGAAGGACACAGAAGGACACGUGACGAGAUAUAAAGGGUGGAGGGCAUGGCAAUAAUAAAUGAAAUUCAUGGACAUAAUAUCAGCUCUGUGAAUGAAUAGAAUUAGCAGACAGUGCGCGAGGGAGGAACGGAGACUAAAAUGAAGCGGCUUAACCACAGAACAGCAGGGGGCGGUAAUGCGACAUGUGGAGGAGAGCUGCGAAGACCUCGAAGAAGAAGAAGUGUUUACUCUCGUUCAGCGUGUGUUCGGCUGUGAUUUCUGCGCUCCGCUCGACAGCUGUGAGUGUGUGAGAGAGUGAGUGUGUGUGUGAGAGGAGAUGGGGACCCCCCCGCAGGACGGCAGCGGCAGCGGGGGAUCAGGCCCUCGGCAGCCGGACAGCAGCUACAGGAGCCCCGGCCUCCGCGGCCUCAACACCACCUCUCUGUUCCGCGCCGUCAACCCCGAGCUCUUCAUCAGGCCGAAUAAGGUGGUGAUGGCCAUGGGUCUGCUGAGCAUCACACUGUGUGUGGGCUACAUCGGGUAUCUGCACGCCAUCAGAGAGAGCGACCAGACGCUGUACGAGGCCGUGGACAGCGACGGAGAGAGAUACAUGAGGAGGAAGACCUCCAGAUGGGACUGACCUUCAUCAUCAUCAUCAUCAUGACUGCACCUCACAUACAUCACACAUGAAUAAUUUAUAAACAUGAAGUGGAUAUGUCAGUAUAGUGAAAGUCUUGCUCUCUUCCUUUAUUUCAUACAGUGUGUGUGUGUGUGUGUUAAAUUACAUUUAGCUGAUAAAUGUGUCAUAUAUUUAUAAUCUUUCCUUAGUGAAACGGUCAGGCUUUAAACAUGAUUUUCAAAUAUGUCCGUGUUAAGGCACUUUUAAAAGAAUUGUGUAUUAGAGGUAAUGGACAGAACAGUGAAACACAUUUGAAGCUUCACUGUUAGUUGCCUGUGUCUGUUCAACACUCAGAGGAAAAGAUUGUUCAAUAAAAUAUUUUUGAGACUGUU